UAUUAAAAUCCGUCUGCAGAUUAAAUCCCGAAACCAGCAGACCAAAACCCUAAGCCCCCUCUAGAGAAUCGCAAUCCUCCGCAGCAGCCAUGGUUUGCAUCAGGCGAGCGACGGUGGACGAUCUGCUCGCGAUGCAAGCCUGCAACCUCAUGUGCCUUCCCGAGAACUACCAGAUGAAGUACUACCUCUACCACAUCCUCUCUUGGCCCCAGCUCCUCUACGUCGCCGAGGACUACAACGGUCGCAUCGUCGGCUACGUCCUCGCCAAGAUGGAAGAGGAGAGCAACGAGUGCCACGGCCACAUCACUUCCCUCGCCGUUCUCCGCACCCAUCGCAAGCUCGGCCUCGCCACUAAGCUCAUGACCGCCGCUCAAGCCGCCAUGGAACAGGUUUAUGGGGCAGAGUAUGUGUCAUUGCAUGUGAGGAGAAGUAACAGAGCAGCGUUCAAUCUCUACACGGAGACAUUAGGCUACCAGAUUAACGAUGUGGAAGCUAAGUAUUACGCGGAUGGAGAGUAUGCCUAUGACAUGCGAAAGAAUCUCAAGGGUAAGCAAAUUCAUCACCACGCAAGCCACGGCCAUCAUCAUCCCCACCAUGGAGGUGGGUGUUGUUCAGGUGAUGCUAAAGUUGUUGAAACAACUCAAGCUGAAGAUGCUAAAGCAACAAGUUCCAAGUGAGAGUUCUAAAUACUGCUCACUGUUUUUCCAUUCAUAUGAUUUUGUUUUUGAGUGUCUAAAUACAUUUUGGUAACCACUCUUGUGUUGUUUUCUAUUCUCUUCUCAAUCUUUUUUCUAUGUAUUAAUGUUUCAGAAGUACCAACUUUGUUUUCCUUGAGGCUUUACAACUUUAGAUUGAAAUCUUCUAUUUGCAAGAUAA